AUGGGCGACGCAUCACCUCUAGCUCUAGAAGAGCAUACACAUGAAAUUCCAGCACAUUUCCACCACUCACCGGUUACCCACGCCUUCCCGCGGUUACCUCAAGCCAUCGCCCACCGAGGCUUCAAAGGCCAAUAUCCCGAGAACACAUUACUAUCAAUCGAUGGAGCGAUCCGGGCAGGAGCUCAAGCCCUCGAGCUCGACCUUCACAUCUCCCGCGAUGGGAUCGUGGUGUUAUCACAUGACGCAAGCCUCAUGCGCUGUUACGGUAUCAAGAAAAAGGUCAUCGACUGUGAUUGGGAGUAUUUGAAAACUCUGCGAACUCUACAAGCGCCCCAUGAACCCAUGCCCCGGUUGGUCGAUGUGUUGGAAUACCUAAGUCAACCGGGUCGGGAGAAUUUCUGGAUCUUGCUAGAUAUAAAGGUUAGCAGUUCCUCCCAUUCAGACAGUCUGUCUCAGACGAUUAACAUUCGACCCGCUUCCCAGCUCGCAAACGAACCCUUCGAUAUAAUGGAACGAAUCGCCAAAACAAUCGAGUCAGUACCCAUACCCGCGAUCGGAACGGAAUGGCACCGCCGAAUCGUUCUCGGCUGCUGGUCUGCACGAUACCUACCCGCGCGCACACAGCAUCUACCACUAUACCCAGUGACGCUAGUCUGCGUCGACGUGAGCUACGCGCGCCAGUUCCUCCAAGUACCGCUUAUAUCCUUCAACAUCAACCAGAUGAUCCUGAUGGGCCCGCUAGGACGAGGUUUUCUAGACGAGGCGCGUGCAGCCCGACGUAAAGUGUAUGUUUGGACCGUGAAUGCGCCGAAUUUAAUGCGUUGGUGUAUCCGACACGAGGUCGACGGAGUGAUAUCCGACGAGCCCGGACGAUUCCGACAGGUGUGUGAGGGGUGGGAGAAGGAACAUACUGGUGUACUGGGUGUCCCUAAUCCCAAUUUAGAUCGGAUCCCUUUGAGACAACGGAUUGAGAUCAUUGCUGUGGCGCUUUAUGUUAUUUGCUUUGGAUGGAUCUUGAAGCGGAUGUAUCUUGCUCCGGUUGAGAGACUAGAGUUUGAAGAGCGCAAGUCGAGAUAG